AUGCCUUCCUGCACGAAGAUACGGCAGCUCCUGCCACGGUUGAGGCUGCUUGGAAGGAACGUAACACUCCUCAAUGCAGCAGACAGCGGUAAAGCAGCUACAAAAGCCUCCAAACAGCUAAGGGGACUACUUGGUAAGGCAUUGCAGGAAAAUGCGCUGGCUGAUGAGACGCUAGUACAGGCAGCCGACUGCCUGUAUGACCUCAAGGGCUGCAACACAGCUAUCGGAGCUCAAAUAUGCAAAGCCGUCGAACAACGACCGCACAUAUACACAAAGCCUCUAUCAGGGGGCGUGUUGUGGUCGUUUUAUGCCGCUGGAGGGCGUAGUACUAAGCGCAAGAGGGUUGUCAAGUCCUCGUGCGUCGCAGCUAUAGAUGCAUUCAUGGACGAACUCUUCGCGAUUCAGAAUGACUCUAAGAACGCAUCAAAAAUUGCAUCGACUUUAGGCAAUCUGGCUAUUGUAGGAAAAUGCUUCAGCCUCCCGGUAUCAACACGAGCGCGUCUGGAGCAGGCCAUUAUAGAUGCAAGGGAAAACCUGAUACCCAUACUUGCACGCUCCAAUGCCAUAGUGACGUACAUUGACGUUCUAUACAGGUUAAAGAUAAGAUCUGAUACUAUCGCAGAAGAUGCGCUCAAUGCGCUGAUUGCCGUGGCCUCAUACCACGAGAUUAUAAGCACCAGCUCGCUUGCCAAGACCAUUAAAACACUGCAGGCAUGGAAAAUUGGCCCAUUAGGCACAAACAGGAGCGCCAUAGAAUUGUUAACAAGCAAAAUGAAAACACCGCCGGUGCUCCUUGUUAAAAAUCCAAACGCACUAGUGAAGCUGUACUUGGCGUCAACGAGGGUUGCGCUAACAUCGUGCGGUGUUCACGAAAGCACCAAUUCAGCAUCCAAUAACUCUGAAACGUCAACUGGAAGCGAAAAUGUAGCUGAAGACCACUCAAAUAGUGCUACGGAGUCCCCAAAUCACACGAGUUCAAAAAGCAGUGGAUUGUCUCCAGAAGCUGGGGACAAACAAGGUGAAAUGAAGCAUGAAUGUCAUAAAGCUGCGAACCCGGAACAAACCACUGCACACAGAUCGCAUAUAUCGCAAGAGAACUAUUCAAAUACGAGUGACUCAUCCGUUGAGAAUACUGUGGAUCUGCAUGGCCAAUCGAUUCAAGGUACCGAUUCGGACGCUAGAGCAGUUUCCGGUGUUAGAUAUCUAUCUGCUCUGCUCCUACGGCACUGCUGCAACAUAGUUACACGUUGCAAUGCCAGAUUACUCGUAGUAUUGUACAAUGCCAUGUGUCAUCAUAUACUGCGUGAUAUACCGAUUAUCAAACACGAUCAGGGGUACCCAAGUGUCGCGGAUGAAGGAUCGGGAUCGGAAAAAGGAGACUGUUCAGCCACUAGCGUUCUUCCGAAACACCAAGAUGACUCAAGCAUCCAAACUGCGCCGCAAGGUCAUAUUGAUCCUGCGUCAGGCUUAUCAAUGUCUGAUUUUGCAAUAUGCGUCCAUACCAUCAGCGUAGAGGUUCGAGAUGCGUUAGCAUUGGACGCUUUGGCACAACACGGAACUUCACAACCGCCACUAACACUGUAUGACGAGAAAGACCUUACCACAAUACGCCGUGCGGCGUUAGUGGCAAGCCGUGUUUACAGUGGUUCGCCAGGGGAAGUGGUAUGUUUGGCUGAAAAAUCGCUGCGAGAUCGGUUCGGAGUUACCUUCACGUCGGACAUAACUGAUAAUAAUGCCAACUGA